CGCCUCGGCAGAGAGUACCGCAGCAUUCGCAUCCGAUAUACCUCGUCAGCCAGUCGCCGACCGCCAGGCACGCGAAAGUGAUUGCAGUACUUCGUCUCUCGUUCCUUCGGACACGCAGAAACGUGCCGAUUUCCGGAAAAAACACGCCCGUUUUCGGCCCGACCGAGACGGCGGUCCCUUGUGGUCCUUCGAGCCGGAUGCGCGCGACAAAGGUCCGCGGGUAAUUGUUGUCGCGAUCCGGCUGUCGUCGUCGUCGACACAGAUAUGUUGACCGGUGAUUUAAAGGCGAGAGGUUCAAGAAAUCCGAAGGAAUGACUACAUCCACGGGGCCGAAGAUCAGAGUGGUUGUUUUGGGCAGUGGCAAGGUUGGAAAAUCCGCUGUAACAGUCCGUUACCUCACCAAACGAUACAUCGGAGAGUACAGUUCUUCCAUGGAUUAUUUCUACAGACAUCACGUUGAAUUCGAUACUGUCAGAACGGAAAUAGAAAUCCUGGACACGUCAAAUUGUGAGAAGAAAGGAUGCCUUUACGAGCACAUCAGAUGGGGGGAAGCUUUUGCCAUAGUUUACGCAGUGAACGACAGACACAGUUUUCACGAAGCUCAAGAAAUUCUUAAUCAAUUAACUAAGCUAAAGUUGCCAUCGUACUACACUAGCUUAUUGCUAGGGAACAAGAAGGACUUGGAACAUUGCAGAGAAGUAUGCGUGGAUGAUGGCCACGAGCUGUCACUGAAAUACAGCUGUCAGUUCUACGAGGUUAGCGCUGCAGAAAACUUCGCAGGGGUGUCCUUAGCCUUCCAGUCGCUGUUGAGGGAAGCCAGGUCCGUACAGCUACUGAAAUCGUUACCUAUUAGGAGAAAACUGGGUGUGAACAGUGUAUCGAAAGUUUUAGGAAAUAUAUUCGGCAAAAACUCGAAGGGCGAUCGAAAGAAGAGACCUUCCCUGAGUAUAUGAGUGCAAUUAUACAGUGAGAGUGAUAAAAUUGUUCGAUAACGUAACGAGAUAGACUGAAAUUAUUUUAAUUUAUUAGACGAGUUAGUUUUCAUGAUUGUGGAAAUUCAAUAUGAAGUUGGAUUGUGAAGAAUUUGCCUGGAUAAAAAUAAAACUGCUAGUUUGUUC